GUCGUGUUCCCGCUGUUCUCUAUGGGUGCUUAUAUGGGUCGUCUGGCGGGCGAGCUUGUACAGUUGAUGGUGCCUGAUCGUGAAAUCAUGGUGUCUGGGUAUGUGCUGGUGGGAGUCGCGGCUGUGUGCACUGGUGGCACCCAUACGCUGUCGUCCGCUGUCAUCGUGUUUGAGAUCAGUCAGAACAUGACCUAUCUCAUCCCAGUGCUG